GAGAUCGUCGUCGUCGUCACCUCGUUCCAAACCUUUUCAUAUCAUCGCCUCCAUCCACAACGACAACACUCGACCCGAAGCCGACCGCCAAGAAUCGCACUAUCACAUUCACUUGACCUCGUAAACUAAUCACGACCAACGCAAAACAAAAUGGACCGAAUCAAGGAGAAAGUCAACCAGCUCAGCGCCAAGGUCGAGACGGCCGAGAAGCGUGCCGAAGAGGCUGAAGAGGCCAACAAGAACUUCAAGCAAACCAUCCUUCAACAAGAACAAGACAUCACCUCUCUCAAACGACAGCUCGAGGUCGCCCAGACCAGCUUGGACGAGACCGAGACCCGGUUGGAUUCUUACAAGACGAGGGCGGACGAGGGUGAGAAUCACAAGACGACGGGGGAGAACUUGACCAGAAAGGUCGCCAUGCUGGAGGAAGAAUUGGAGAGGACCGAGCGAGAGUUGAAGGAGACUCACGAAAAGCUUCGAGUCACCGACGUCAAGGCGGAACACUUUGAGCGUGCUGUGACCCGAGCGCAGGAGGAGAGGGACGAGCUCGAAAAGAAGCUCGACGAGGCCAACUUGAAGCUCAAGGAGAGUCAGACCGAGUUGGAGGCUUUGGUCACCGCCAUGGACGCUCUAGUGAGUUCUAUUACAAUCUCGACUGUGGUCCUGCGAGCAAUUGGCUGA